GGUGAGACUCUGGAGAGAAGCACUGGCCCGUGAGAAAAAUGAAACGUCGAUGGAAAAAAUCAUAGGGACAAUCGCAGCCGUCGGAUCUCGAGAAAGUGUUGCCUGACCUGUGGUUGUUUGGCUUCUGAAGUAAAGAUCGAAACAUACAUCCAACCAAACACCUCCGUAUCUAGAAAAUUUUCAGCAAGAUUCCGGUAUAAGUAGAUUUUUUCCUUUAAAUAAAUAAUCGCAUCGACAGUUUUAGCCAUCCCCGAAAAAGAAAAUUAAAUAUUGCCGGAAAGGAAAAAUUAGGAAAAAGAAAAAAAAAAAUUGUGUUUGGUUGGUGAGAUUCAUUCCUCUUUUCAUCCUUUUGUUUCGUUAUUUGACCCCUCGUGAAAUCUAUCACUCACCCUCUGUGAACGGAUUCAAAGGAUUGAAGCGUUAAGGACUAACAUUGAUGGUCGUUGAUAAGCUAAGCUUUUAGAAGUUCUGUAAAUUCUACAAUGUGGAUUUUUUCUCCGAGGUUUUGAUACCUAAAGUCGAUGUGGAGAUCUGUUUGGAUGAACCGGCGAUGAUGAGGAGUGGAGGUGAAAAAUGGAGGUUAGAUCUGAGGGUGUACAAGUGAGGUGCGAGAAGGCUGGGUCAGGGGGUCCUCCUGUAAUCGGUAGGACGCGCCUACAGGUUUGGUUUAUAAGGAUUUGCUCGAGUAUUCUGCUAUGGACUGGUUUGGUUCAGCUGCUAACAGUUGGAGAGCUAUGGCAACCGCACUUUUUCACCAAUAUUACCUAUAAAAUCACCCAGAUCACGCCGUUUCCUGUUAAAGUCCAACUUCAGGCUCAACCGCCUCCUCCGCCACUUCUUCCUGCAAGAAAUUACACAAGUAAUGGUUAUCUUAAGGUGUCUUGCAAUGGGGGCUUGAAUCAAAUGCGUUCUGCGAUCUGCGACAUGGUGGCUGUUGCUCGGCUUUUGAAUCUCACUUUGGUUGUUCCUGAACUUGACAAGACAUCUUUCUGGGCUGACCCUAGUAACUUUGAAGACAUCUUUAAUGUGAAACAUUUUAUUUUCUCACUAAGAGAUGAAGUUCGAAUUGUAAAAAGGGUGCCAAAAAGAUUUAGGAAAUAUGGAUACAAAGUAUUCAAGAUGCCCCCAGUUAGUUGGUCAAAUGAAAAAUAUUACCUACAACAGAUUUUACCACUUUUUGGCAAGUUUAAGGUGUUGCACUUCAACAAAACUGAUGCACGCUUGGCAAACAAUGGGGUCUCACUCGAUCUUCAGAAGCUCAGAUGCCGAGUUAAUUUUCAGGCACUGAAAUUCACCCCACAAAUUGAAAGUUUGGGGCAGAAAUUGAUUCGCAUUCUUCAGGACAGGGGAGCUUUCGUGGCUUUGCAUCUUAGAUAUGAGAUGGACAUGUUGGCUUUCUCAGGUUGUACUCAUGGUUGCACCAAGGAUGAAGCUGAGGAGCUCAAGGUGUUAAGGUAUGCAUACCCUUGGUGGAGGGAGAAAGAGAUAGUGUCUGAAGAGAGGAGGACGCAAGGUUUGUGUCCCUUGACACCUGAAGAGACAGCAUUAGUUUUGCAAGCAUUGGGUUUUGAGAAGGAAACACAGAUAUAUAUUGCAGCUGGUGAGAUAUAUGGUAGUGAACGGAGACUUGCAGCAUUAAGGGCUGCAUUUCCACGGCUUGUGAGAAAGGAAAUGCUGUUAGAUCCAGAGGAGCUGCAACAAUUCCAGAAUCAUUCUUCUCAGAUGGCUGCUCUGGAUUUCAUGGUCUCAGUAGCCAGUAAUACUUUCGUUCCCACUUAUGAUGGAAACAUGGCAAAAGUCGUGGCAGGUCACCGUCGGUAUCUUGGGUUCAAAAAGACAAUUCUACUAGAUCGAAAAAGACUUGUUGAGGUACUGGAUUUGCAUCAAAAUGGGACGCUUUCAUGGAAUGAAUUUGCAGUUGCUGUUCAAGCAGCACAUGAGAAAAGGAUGGGACAGCCAACAGGCCGUAGGGUUAUAUCAGAUAAACCAAAGGAGGAAGAUUAUUUUUAUGCAAACCCUCGAGAGUGCCUUUGCGAGGGAACAAAUUGUGACUACUUGCUAGGCCUUAGUAACUUGAGUUCAGUACAGUGACCACACAAUUCCAAGCAAAAUUCCAGUGUUCCCCUAUUGUUCAAGCUGUGGUGCACAGGCUCUGUGACUUCCGGGAAUGAAAAGCUUUAGAGGACGAAUGUAUACAUAACUUCAGGAGCAUCGUAGGCAGCAGAAGCAAAGAAUCGUAGCCAUUUAAGGCUGUCAAUCUAUUUUUUUUUUUUUUGUUAAUAUAUUUAUUUGAUUUGUUCUACCAGUAAAAAGUUUGUUCAUUAUUUUAUAUAGCCCUACAUUUAGAAAAAACAAAUGUAGCAUUCAUAUUCUUUAAUUCAUAAGAUACCUGAUGGAAUGUGUUAUAUACCGCAGAACUGUGGAGGAAAUAGGGAAAUCAUUAUAAUCUGAAAAAGACACAAACCAAAUAUUUUUGGGUGA